AUGGCCAAUCUAGCAUGGCCAUUCGGAAAUGAGUAUACAUCAUGUGUUCAACUCAACGCGUAUGCUUUCCUCCUGUGCAACCGUUCGGUUUCUGCAAAUAGAUCUCGGGAGCUGGUGAUUCUUCAGCUGGUCAAUGCUGUACCGGAGUAUGAAGAGACGAAUGUGUUACACUUAAAAUGCUCACUCCAGUGUCCAGAAUUUGGCCACUCUGCACAAAUGAUGCUCACUAAACGAGAUCCGACCGUGCAGUCAAUGCCAGCCUGUGAACGGGGCAUGGUGAGUCUGUGGUCAACAAGAAGUGAAGAGCCCAGGAGCCACACGACUGACACGAAUCACUUGGGUCUGACAUCGUUUCAGUUCAUGCUGACUCCGUUGACAAAAUAUUGUCAGAACCAUCUCAAUACAAAAGCUUCGCUUGUCUUGGCACUACUACCAAGAUUAUGCGCGGUUACAGAAACCUGUGAUGGUAUACAUGUUGGAUUUGCCGCCAAUGGUGCUGGGUUGGAGUAUUUAGAGCUGUCCAAUUUUAGAAAUGUGACCCCAAGACUUCGUUAUGCCUGGGAGUCCACGUCAGCAUGCUGUUGUCUGUGUGAGGAUCUAUCUGGUAGGCUGAUGGACACCAUGAUUAGCAUAUUCGGUGAUAGUAUAUAG